AUUACCUUACCUGCCAUCACCAUCCCAGCUCAAACAAUUAUCUAUCUACCUCUCCACGCAACCACCGCACCUUCAAGAUGUCCACCACAGACGGGUCAACUCCCCCACCCGCCGAAGUAAUGACCAUCGCGUCCCCAAUCAACCUCAUCCUCCUGACGCUCUUCAUCAUCCUCGUCUACCUUCAACUCCGACCCAAGGCGCCCGUCUCGCUCCCUAAAGCGCCCCCACCCGUCGUCUUCCGCACCUUCACGCCGACCACCCUCCUGCCCUACAACGGCACAGGCGAUCAGCCCGUCUACCUCGCUGUGCGUGGGCGAGUCUUCGACGUGACCCCCGGCCGGAACUUCUACGGACCGGGCGGACCUUACGAGAACUUCGCCGGCCGCGACGCGUCCCGCGGUCUGGCGUGCCAGAGCUUCGAUGAGGAGAUGCUGACCAAGGAUCUGAAGGGUCCGUUGGAUACGCUGGAGGAUCUGGAUGGGGAGCAGUUGGAGAACCUGCAGUCGUGGGAGGAGCGGUUCACGGAGAAGUAUUUGGUUGUGGGGAAGCUGGUGGCUGAAGGGGAGGAGGGGGCUGAUGCUUAGGGUUUUGCUUCGGAAGGGGUCAGGGCUUAUUUGUGAGAGGGGGGAUGAGAGAGGGUGUGAGUGAGGAGAUGAGGUGGCUUUUUUUCUGAUUGAUGCAAGAUUGUUCUGAUGAUGAAGUAGGGUUAAAUUCGUUUUGGGUGAAGAUAGGUUAAUAUGGUGGACUCGUGGUCUUGAAAAUGCAGGUUUGGACAAAAAGGCAUACGGCAGGUACCUCGAUAGCCGGAUGAGAUAUGAUAUUAUGGCCGUUUGAAAUUGUCUUCAAGCCAGUGGACUUUGGUUGGACUCUACUCCAGCAUAACAUUUUCAUAUCAGUCC